GAGGAAGCCAGCAGAAGGUUGGUGGAGCGAUAGAUCUGUGGAUGCCCAACGCCGCUUACGGUCAUCCAUCAAAUCACGUGCGCUGUUUGCACGCGUUUGAAGAACAACGCGCCCCCGCAAACAGACCCGAGUCUCUGUUCGUAUCAGGUCCGGAAUACAGUCUUUCACUGCAAAAGACCAUAGACCUGCUUUUGAUUGUGCGAAAAGCAGAAUGGCGGACGAGAAAUCGAUAUUGACGUUUCUCACCGAGAGCGCUGAUUUGCCAGAACUGAUUACGCGUCGUCAGUUCGUAGGCCUGUUUCCAGCAUCCAAACGCGAAGACCCGGCUGUCCGGGCACUGUAUCAAGACCUCUACGACACACGGUCAGCGCAGAUUCACAGGAUACAGAAGAAGAUAAAUUUAGAGUGUUUGGAUUCUGCCCGCGUUUUGCGUGAGGAUCUGGCGCGCGCGAAAGGAUUUGCGGACGCGGCUAGUGAACGAGACGAUAAUGACGAGAUAUACGAUGAGAUCUUGCUGAGACGGGAUCGGAAGCAACUAUCCCUGGCUGAAAUGCUCUCGCAGAUGGAGCUCGCGGCUGAUUUGAUCAAGCGCCAACUAGAAGAAAUCGACGAGAGCACGGCUCAGAAGCUCGAAGAAUGUGAUACAGUCGUUGACUCGCUGAGUGACUUGCGGUAUAAGAAACUGCGGACCGGAGCGGUCGAUGAGUGUUUAGAGGGAUUAGCGGUAGGUUAGAAAGUUUGAGGAAGGUUGUGUGUUUGCUUGAUGCUGAUGGUUUUGUAGGAUUUGCAACAUUCGAUUCUGCUACAAAAGGAGCAAAGCCGUCAAGAGUGAGCUGGAUAUAGAGAGUCUGAUUGUGUUGCUUCUUUGUUGUAAUGGUUGGCGUUCUGGUUUCUUUUUACUUAUUUUGGGAUGUCUCGCGAAUUUGCAAUUUAUCGUUGCCGGCUCAAGAGAAUAUGAUAGGGAAUUCUAUACAAUGUACAGUAGAUAUGAAUGCAAAUAUGUUACAUAUU